GAAUUACCAAAGCCAAAGCGGCGUUCGGCACUCUGCAAAAUAAUAACAAAACUACGCACUGAUUUUUUCGUUGAGCUCGUGAGGCACUCAGGCUCACUCCAGCAGCAUUCGCCGUAAAUGUAUAAGGGAAUUUUAUAUUACUACAACAACAACAACAAUCCUGGGGUUCAGACUGCAACGAAGUAACAUAGAUGGAGGCUGCGUUGAUUUUCUUGUCUUAAACAAACCGCUGUCACGUCCGGGAAAACAUCCCCAGUUACAUUAGCAAAUCAGCUGAUUCCUUCAAAAUCGCUGUGAGCUAGUUUACGGUCUGAUGUUGGUCACAUCUUCUGGAUUCUCUUCCCCGUGGCUAAAACGCUCUUUUUCAAGUUUGCUUGUUUUUGAAAAUCAAAAGCUGGCAGCACUGGCUGUUUGUUGAUAACCAAAUAUUGGGAAUUUUGUUGGCACUAAAAUAUAAACCUCAAUACAAAAUCCUCGAUGGAUAAUGAAAACUUUACCGGAAAUAAAAUGGCAAAUAAUAUUGAUAAAGUUCGGGUACUUUUGGUUGGGGAUUCAGGAGUUGGAAAAACCUGUCUCACGCACUUGAUAGCGCACAACGAAUCUCUUACCCGUCCGGGAUGGACAGUUGGAUGUAAUAUAGAGGUUAAGUUACACGAAUACAAGGAAGGAACUCCUCAACAACAGCCUUAUUUUAUUGAAUUGUUUGACAUUGGCGGAUCAAUAAGUCAUCGGAAUACACGCAGUGUCUUUUACGCUCCUAUACAUGGCAUUAUUCUGGUUCAUGACCUCACAAAUCGCAAGAGUCAAGAAAAUUUGCGCGAAUGGUUGUAUGAAAUUCUCAAUAAAGAUGGAAAAGACGUAAAAAAUAGCAGUGGAGACAAUGUUUUCGAUCCGGAACAAUUUUUAGGAUCCACCCAACUUCCAUUGUUAGUAAUGGGGGCAAAAUUGGACCUUUUAGAUGAAAAACGACAACCGAAACCGCUACAAAAGAUUGGUUGCAUAGCAGAACAGUGUGGUGCUGAGGAGAUAUGGUUAAAUUGUAGGAAUCCUCGUAGUCUUUCCGCUGGAACAACGGAUGCUGUAAAAUUAUCUCGAUUCUUUGAUCGAGUGAUUGAAAAAAGAAAUCAAUCGCGGGACCCUUCCGCCAUAUCCACAGAUAGAAGAAAACAUACAACACUAUUACGUUGAAAACCUUGUGGCGAGUU